CAGUCCGCUCGAUGAGGCCGAAGCCAGCAGUUAUGCGCCCAGCAGCAGCAGCAGUCAGAGCAGCAGUAUUAAAGCCCUAAAUCUGUGGCACUUCCUUCCGGUAGCCACGUUGCGUAUACGCCACCGUAACCGCACUCGCAUGCCGUCGCGAAAAAAGCAAACAGUUUCAGUGCCAAAUCAAAAGAACAAAAGACCGCUGACAAAAGCCUAAGUUAACCUGAAAGCAAGAAAAACACAUAGAAAAGAAACUUAUUGAAUCAGUGAUAAACCCGAUAUGGACGUGGCCAAAAUGCAAGCCACUUCCGGUCAGCAUCUGCUGCAUCCGGCCGCACCGCCCGCCCACCAACACCACCUGCCCCUCGACUACAGCCUGGGCAACUUCAAGCCAGCCAUUGCGGCGGACUUUCCCGGACCCUUCCUCACCAGCCAGCAAUCCUCGUCGGCCUCCAAUUCCGUCUCCGUCGCCGUCUCCUCCGCCGCCUCCGCUCCGCUGCAGGUGCGGGAUCUCAGCGCGCUGACGGCCAUGGCCACGAUACCCUCGCCCACCCAGCUGCUCCACCAGCGCAUCCAGAUGUCCGCGGACGCGGCCUUGGGUCACCAUCACCAGCAGCCGGCACAGAAUCCCCAUCCCAACCCCAAUCCCCCGCAGCCUCAGAUGCCGCCGGCCUCCACGUCGCCGCACGAGUACGCGCCCAUGUCCGCCUUCAAAGCGGUGCUGCCCAAGAAGCGGAACUCCGACGAUGCCUCGCUAGCAUUUAGCAUAAGCAGACUGGUCAAGACUGAACAACUGACGGCGAUGGCGGCGGCGGCCGUGGGCCUGAAGCCGCCGACUCCUCUGGAGGACAACAACAACUCAAUCUCGAUGCUGAGCAAAAACCAGCAGAUGCACCAGCAGCACCAGCAGCACCACCAGCCGCAUCAGCCGCAUCUAACCCAGCGCUCCAAGCCAGCCUUCAUCAGCGCCAGCGAGAAGCUGCGCCGCCAGUCGCGAUCCCGCUCCAGGUCGCGAUCCCGCAGUCCCUGCUCCUCGCAAAUCGACAUGGAGGACGCGGAAUCGAACCACUCGCACCGCUCGCUGCACUCCCGCUCGAGAUCGCGAUCCCGUUCCCGCUCCCAUUCCCGCUCCCGCUCGCACUCGAGCAGCUCAUCGGUGGAACUGGAGGUGGACUCACCGCCCGGCAGUCCGCGGAUCAGCUCGCCCAGCGGCGCCUCAGCCUCCGCCUCCGAGCUGCUGAUCACCGCCAACGGCGGAGGCCGUAGCAUAGGAUCCAAGAAGUCGGAUCUCUUCUCCGUCUCCGCGCUGCUCCGGCGGGACGAGCCUCCUCCACAGCGACGGACGCCACGCAGCCCGCCAGUCAGUCAUCUGACCUCCAGCGGCCUGACCAUGCCAUUCAAUCCGCUGGAGGCGAUGCGCCAGGGCUAUCCGCCCAACUACGACGCGGCCAUGUUCCAGCGACCGCUCUUCUCGCCCGCCCUGCCCUUCUUCGCCGCCGUCGCCUUCCACCAAGGUCAGCAGCAGCAGCAGCAACAGCAACAACAGCAAUCCGGCCUGGGAGCAGGCUACCAUCCGGAUUCGCAGGAAAAUCUCUUCCGUCUGCGCAGUCUGAUGGUGCCGCUCCAGUCCGCCGGACAGAACAACUCCUCGGCGGCAGCGGCAGCGGCAGCAGCUGCGGCGGCGGCCGUCGGCGUGGGCGUUGGCGUCGGGGUGGGCGUGCCUCCCAAUGGCGGGCAUCUGGGCCUGCCCCACUCGCCCCACCUGCACCACUUCCACCACAUGGCCGCCAAGUGGCCGGGCCUGCACCAAUUCAGCGACCUGUACUCGUGCAUGAAGUGCGAGAAGAUGUUCUCCACGCCCCACGGCCUCGAGGUCCACUCCCGCCGGACGCACCACGGCAAGAAGCCCUACGCCUGCGAGCUCUGCAACAAGACCUUCGGGCACGAGGUCAGCCUCAGCCAGCACAGGGCGGUGCACAACGUGGAGAAGGUGUUCGAGUGCAAGCAGUGCGGCAAGCGCUUCAAGCGCUCCAGCACCCUGUCCACCCACCUGCUCAUCCACAGCGACACGCGGCCUUAUCCCUGCAACUACUGCGGCAAGCGGUUCCACCAGAAGAGCGACAUGAAGAAGCACACCUACAUCCACACGGGUGAGAAACCGCACAAGUGCCAGGUGUGCGGAAAGGCCUUCAGCCAGAGCUCCAACCUGAUCACGCACUCCCGCAAGCACACCGGCUACAAGCCCUUCUCCUGCAAGCUCUGCCACAAGGCCUUCCAGCGGAAGGUGGACCUGCGCCGGCACAAGGAGACCCAGCACACGGACCUGCGUGUCCACCUGGGCAAGGUGGACUUCAUGUCGGCGGCGGCGGCAGCGGCAGCCUCUGCGGAGCUGAGUGCGGCGGCAGCGGCGGCGGCGGCGGCGGGAGCGGGAGCGGGCGGUGGACCAGUUCCGGGCGGAGGGCAGGCGGGGAGCCAGGGCGCCAGUGCGGUCGGCACGGCCCCAAACGGGGCUCCUCCGAUGGGGGGACUCAACUGCCAGAAGGUAUCGCUGCUGGCAUAACCAUCGGAGAGGCAAACCGAAAUCCAAAUCAACCGCAACCAUUGUGCAAUAGACGGAAGUGAAAGGCUUCGCCAGCAUUCUCAACCGCUUGAAACCGAACUCCAAAGAGAACAGAUUAAAACAAUUUAAAUAAUUUUAAGCCAGCCAGUUAUAAAACUAUUUCCAAUGUUGCCAAAAACUAAAAUAGCAAAUACGAAUCGAAACCAAUUAAAGCCAGCACUAUAGUCAGUCUCAAGUUAUCAUUAAAGCGUAAUCACAUUACACAUUGCCAUCUUACGAACAUACCAAAGUAAUCCGGAGCAAAGGAGUUUCCAUGUUUUCCCCUAUGUAUGUAUGUCAGUUUGUAUUGCUGUGGCCCGAGGGUCAGUUUAAAAUCAAAAUCAAAUUAAGAAAUUCCAUCGAUAUGAACUGUGCGUGUCGUGCGAGUACUUUGUGAAAUGUAACAAACUAAAUCCGAGCGGAGAGAAGUAAAUCCAAUAUAUGAAAUAAAAUGAAAGAAUUCGAACGCGCGAGGGCAAAACUACAAUGUUCCAAGUUUUCGCUUCUAGAUAGUUGUGAAAUUUUAACUAAAUCGCUGUAUUAUGCAAACUAUUUUGAUAUUAUAUCAUUCCAAUGAAUUUAGCCUAAUUAAUAAAUUUUUUAACUUAUUUAUACAUAUUAUGUGUAUGUAUGUAAAAACCGCUAAACAAAUAUAUAUAUACGAGUAUAUUUUCAUUUAAAUGUUCAACAAAUAAUGUAUGUAAUAUUAAAUUAACAAUUAUGAAGACAAACAUUAAUCUACAUUCUAAGUAUUUUUAUGUUUUCAAAAUAAAUUGAAUUUAUUAAGCAAAUGUG